AUGGCGACACUUCCGGCCUUCACGUUGUCGACUGGUAACCUGGAGAGCCAGGCCCCUGCUAAUCACCGUUUUCCCUGUGCCAAGGAGAAGCAGGACCCACUGGGCCUGAAGAUGUACGGCUUGUAUCUGGAGGCAGUCAACGAUUAUAUCAAUGAGUUGUACGGCGAGGACGUUUGGAGACUCAUCGAGGCAAGAGCUGAGAUCCCCCACCUCAAAUUCGUCAAACAUCAGAUGUACAAUGACAACCUCAUUCUGAGGAUGGCAAAAGCAGCGGGUGAGGUGCUGGGCAAGAACCACGAUGAACUGAUGUACGCGUUUGGUGUCUACAUGGUGAAGAGAAUUGGUAAUUAUGGCUACGAGAGAAUUCUCAAGGUCCUGGGCCGCAACGUCCGUGACUUCAUCAACGAGCUGGACAACCUGCACGAGUACUUCCGCUUCUCCUUCCCCAAGGUGCAGCCCCCCAGCUUCUGCGUGGAGGAGGAGUGCGAGACCAGCCUGACCCUUCACUACCGCAGCACCCGCAAAGGCUUCACCCAGUUCGUCAAGGGGCAGCUAUCGCAGGUGGGCAGGCAGUUCUACAACACGGACAUCGAGGUGGAGAUCCUGUCCAAGGAGGAGACGGAGAAAAUGACCUACGUGGUGUACCAGAUGAACUUCGACAACGCGGCCUUCAAACACCGCGUGCCCCAGCUGAAGGCGGCGCCGGGGUACGAGAAGCUGCCCAUGAAGAAGGGCAUCAUCUUCGACAUGUUCCCCUUCAGCAUGAUCUUCCGCAGGGACAUGACCAUGUACCGCAUCGGCGAGGGCCUCAAGGAGGUCUUCUCCGACCUGCAGGGCAAGAAGGUCGACGACGAAUUCAUCCUGGUCCGGCCCAUGCUGGAGUUCAACUGGGACAAUAUCUACACGCACCUCAACAACGUCUUUGAGCUGAUGUCCAAGGCCGUGGUGGAGAGCAAGCAGAAGGUCAGCGUGCUCAGGAUGGACAAGGAGGACGAGAACAAGGAGAAGAAAGGGAUGGGCACAGAAGAGGAGAGCACCGAGGGACAGCAAGGCACCGACCAGGAGUACGUGAGUGGAAACCUGUCACAGAAAAAUGUCAGCACCUUGGACAUCGAGCUGCUCGCCUUCCAAACUGUGACAGGUCGAUGCAGCGACACCAUCUUCGAGGACAUGAGGGAACCCCCGAAGAAACCCCUGCACCUGAAGGGCCAGAUGAAGUAUGUACCGCAGUGGGACUCGCUCAUCUUCCUGGGCACGCCCAUAAUCGAGACGGUGGAGGACAUGAUUAAAAUGGGGGUGUAUGUCAAUGAUUUGAACCUGCACGAUUCAAGUCGUGAGCUAAUCCUGGCUGGAACCCAGCAAUCGGCUGAACUACAGCUCGCUCUGGAUCAAGAGCGACAGAAAUAUGGACAGUUGCAGGAAAUCAUUAAGAAGCUGGAUGAAGAGAAGAAAAGGGGAGACUCCUUGCUGUACGCCAUGAUCCCGAAAGCUGUUGCUGACCGUCUCCGCAAAGGGGUCACCGCGCUGGAGACCUGUCAGGUAUUUCCUGACGUGACCAUCCUGUUCAGUGACGUGGUGAAGUUCAAUGAAAUUUGCAUCCACAUCACCCCCAUGCAGGUGGUGGACAUGCUCAACGAGAUCUACAUCGUGUUUGACACACUGAGCGAGAAGCACAACGUUUAUAAGGUGGAGACCAUCCGCGAUGCCUAUAUGGUGGUGGCCGGCGUGCCAAACAAGACCACCUUCCACGCUCACCACAUCUGUGACAUGGCGGUUGACAUGCUGAGCUCCAUCGACCACCUGAAGGACCCAUCCACGGGGGACAACAUCCAGAUUCGAGUGGGAAUCCACUCGGGGAUGGUGGUUGCCGGCGUGGUGGGUCUGAAAAUGCCUCGUUACUGUCUCUUUGGAGAUACCGUCAACACAGCCUCACGGAUGGAGAGCAACGGGGUGGGUAUGCAAAUCCACAUCAGCCAGACCACAAAGGACCACCUGGAGCAUGAGCCCUACAUUAUCGAGGAACGAGGCAAGAUAUUUGUCAAGGGCAAGGGCUAUAUGAAGACCUAUUGGCUCAAGGGGAAGAGGAAUGCAGCUUUCAAGACAUCGGCUGAGCUGAGGAACAGCAGUGAGCAGAACGAUAAUAGCAGUCGAAUUGAGAGUGUACACUCCCCCGAGCCGGGUGUCUGGAAGGAAGAUGAGGAUCAGCUGCAUUCGUCGGCCUCCUACGAGUCGGGUGAGGGUUUGUCUGGCACCGGCUCCGACGGCUUCCGCGAGCUGAGGAAGAAGGUGCAGGGGUCGGGGGCGAUGGAGAACGUUCGGCCGGCCAACUCUGGACAGCCCAGGACCCUGCCCAACACGGGGACCCAGCAGCUCCCACCCAGAGGCCCCUUCAGGAGCAUCAGCUGUGCCUUGGUGUGA